GACCGAUCACAAGCUCGGGACUUUAAUCUUUUUGAAAUUUCCAUUCUUUCCAAUCUUGUACGCGUUCUCUUCAUCCGCUUUAUCCAAAUAAUAUCAGGGGUUUAGGGCGAAGAGAGUACUUUGAUUUGAGGAAUCAAGAAUGGUGAUCUGAAUUCUAUUUUUUUGGGGUAUUGGAUUGAUCUCAUUUCUUGACUUGGACUUGGGAUAUGGAGUUUUUGAUCAACUUGAGGAGCUAUUGAGUUUAGGGGUUUUGCUUAUGUAUAUUGGAUGUUUAUGAGUGUUUUGUGAAGAAAGGAUGUAUAGCAAUUUCAAGGAGCAGGCGGUAGCAUAUGUUAAGCAAGCGGUGGAGGAAGAUAAUGCCGGGAAUUAUGCAAAGGCUUUUUCUUUGUAUAUGAAUGCAUUGGAGUAUUUUAAGACGCAUUUGAAGUACGAGAAGAACCCAAAGGUGAAGGAGGCGAUUACCCAGAAGUUCACCGAGUAUCUGAGGAGGGCUGAAGAGAUUCGGGCAGUUCUUGAUGAGGGAGGGGGUAGUGGUCCCACGGCAAAUGGAGAUGCUGCUGUUGCAUCACGACCGAAGACAAAGCCAAAGAAUGGUGGAGGAGAAGGAGAGGAUUCGGAGAGUUCGAAGUUAAGGGCAGGGCUCAACUCUGCAAUAAUAAGGGAAAAGCCUAAUAUUAAGUGGAAUGAUGUUGCCGGGCUAGAGAGUGCCAAACAGGCAUUGCAGGAGGCUGUGAUAUUACCAGUUAAAUUCCCACAGUUCUUCACUGGAAAGCGGCGACCAUGGAGGGCCUUCCUACUCUAUGGUCCACCUGGAACAGGAAAAUCAUAUCUAGCAAAAGCUGUUGCUACAGAAGCUGACUCAACCUUCUUCAGUAUUUCUUCAUCAGACCUAGUUUCAAAAUGGAUGGGUGAAAGUGAAAAGCUUGUCUCAAAUCUAUUCCAAAUGGCUCGUGAAAGUGCUCCUUCUAUUAUCUUCGUAGACGAAAUCGAUUCAUUAGUCGGCCAACGAGGUGAGGGUAAUGAGAGUGAAGCUUCAAGACGUAUCAAAACUGAGCUCCUUGUACAGAUGCAGGGUGUUGGACAUAAUGAUGAAAAGGUUCUUGUUCUUGCGGCAACAAAUACUCCUUACGCUCUUGAUCAGGCUAUUAGGAGGCGUUUUGACAAGAGAAUAUACAUCCCUCUACCAGAUCUGAGGGCAAGACAACAUAUGUUUAAGGUACAUUUGGGAGAUACUCCUCACAACUUAACAGAAAGUGAUUUUGAGCAACUGGCGAUGAAAACAGACGGGUUUUCAGGUUCUGACAUUGCUGUUUGUGUGAAUGAGGUUUUGUUUGAACCAGUUCGUAAGACUCAAGAUGCCGAGUUCUUCAUCAAAACCCGUGAUGAACUAUGGGUUCCAUGUGGACCUAGACAACCUGGUGCCAUUCAGACAAACAUGCAAGAGCUUGCCGCUAAAGGCCUAGCUUCAAAGGUAACACCGCCGCCAAUCACCAGAAGAGAUUUCGACAAGGUGCUGGCAAAACAAAAGCCAACGGUGAGCAAAUCAGAUCUUGAAGUUCACGAAAGGUUCACGAGGGAGUUUGGCGAGGAAGGGUAAUUUUUUCUCAAGGUGAAAGUUUAGCUCCCUCCCUUUUUUACUGCUGGUGAAAGUUCAAAUCGUGUUUGGAUCGUUACAUCCUGAAUAAAUCUAUCAAUAACUGUGCCAAUGAGGAAGAAAAGUUGUUAUUGUUUAAGGCUUCACUUUGAGGCUUGUUGGAAAAAUCAAUGUGGAAUUGACCAUUGUAUAUAGGAAUGCAAUCAGUUCACUCUUCCUUUUUGUUAAUCUGUUGCAUGAAUGAUAUAUAUUAAUUUACCGGAGUAAUUAAUAUUUAAACUUUUG